AUGUCGGAAGUACCCAUUCAUGGCACGGAAGCAGUGCCAAUGACAUAUAUCGACUACCCCCAUGCUCUCGACCCCGAAGCCUCUGGCUCCAACCAGCAUCCUAAUUCGAAGCCCAUGGACGCCCCAGAGUACCGAGUUUUGUCUAGCGCGGAGUGGAAGUUCUUCGCCCGGGGCGUUGGGGGAAUCCACGACAAAGAACAUGAUGCGCCGGUUAUGGUUACCAGUUCCAUAUGGCCACCAAAAGGCCUUCCCCCAGGCUUGUAUCAUGAUACCGUUCACCGUCGCACGGUUAGCCUCUGCUUGUUUCACUUCGCCGCAUAUAUCCGAUGGAUCUUGUUGAUCCUGCAAUUGAUCAUCGGUGCCGCUUUGACAGCUCUGGGCCCCUUCAGUCUCGAAAAAGGCACGCCCAUCACUAUUCUUGGCGCUUCAAACACAGUUCUGGCGGGGCUGCUGGCUCUCUUCACCCAUAGUGGUCUGCCUGAUCGAUACCGCUACGACAAAGCAGAGUUCGAGCGUGUAGAAGAUCACAUUCGAGAAAUUCUUGUCACCGGUCUGGUACGCGCUGACAGGUCGGUCAAUGAAGCUCUCGCAGAAUGCUUUGACCUCCACCAGCACGCUAAAAUAACAGUGGAGGUAAAUGUUCCCGCAGCAUACAUCCCAAGUCAAGGUGUUCCUCCAGGACAGCGCAUGCACCAACCGCGGACACCAACUCAAGGGAAGGAGCCGAAAGGACCCAGUACUCCGACAAAAUCCCCCAAGAGUUCGCUGGACAAGGAGCCUAUCACAUCACACGAGUCUCAAUCAUCAAAGACUACGCCUAAAGAAGCGACGGAGGGAAAGGGUCCAGCGUCCAGGCCUGGCGAAUAA